UCUACUUGCCGUUGAUGUAAUAGCCCAACCAAACAAUUCCAUUAAUGUGAUGAUACCCUUGGGUUCUUCGCUCUCCCCUAGUGCUAACCGUUCAUGGCUCUCACCUUCUGGCCAUUUUGCCUUUGGUUUCUACCCACAAGGCAACGGCUUCGCUAUUGGAAUAUGGCUGGUUGACCAACCACAAAACACAACUGUCUGGACUGCAUUUCGAAAUAACUCACCAGUCACCUCCAAAGCUACAUUGGACUUAACAAGGGAUGGAAAGCUGCUCUUUCGCAGGGAGGAAGGUGAAGAAAAUCCUGUAGCUGACGUGUCACGCCUUGCAGCUUCAGCUUCUAUGCUUGAUUCUGGUAAUUUUGUGCUCUAUGAUAACUCUUCUAAUGUUAUUUGGGAGAGUUUUGAAUACCCAACUGACACCAUCUUAGGAGGUCAGAAUGUGUCUAAUGGCAACGAUUUGGUGUCAAGCGUGUCUAGAUCAAACCAAUCAAGUGGUCGUUUUUAUCUCAGGAUGCAGAGCGAUGGAAACCUUGUUUCCUAACCUGUAAACAUUACAGAUAAUUCAGAAAAUGCUUAUUGGUCCUCGGCAACUAUAAUAUCAGAUAAUUUUGCCUCUGGGGUACCUUAUUCGGCAAAUAAAAUAUCAGAUAAUGUUGCCGCUGGCACUGGGUACCCUUAUGGAAGGGGACCUGUUGGAGGAGAAAGCUGCAGUAAGCGAACUAUGUAUAGUAGAUUUUGUGCUAGAUCUGGUGAGUCUGGUUAUGUUGGGAGCCGUGGGACUAGUGGCGCUUCUGUAAGGCUCAGUCUUAACCAAAGGGGUCUUCUAAGCUUAAUAGAUUAUAGCAGCUCCAUAAUAUCAGUUUUGGUGAAUAAUUCUUACUCUGGCGACAAAGAAACAACUAUCAUCUACCGUGCGAUACUUGAUUCUGAUGGAAUUUUAAAGUUGUAUUCACACCGAUUUUUCGGAAAUAAAAGCUCAGAAAUGAUCAUGGAGUGGUCAUCUUUGGGUGAUCAAUGUGAUGUCAAAGGUUUCUGUGGCUUCAACAGUUACUGCCUAGGCAUGGGCUUCCAAGCUGAAUGUCUCUGUUUUCCGGGAUUUCAUUUCGUGAACCACGAAAAUAAGUUUUUGGGAUGCUACGACAAAUUCAGUGUCGAUGGUUGCAGCAGCAGUAAUGGUCCGAUGAUACCACACUACAGUACCGCUUUACCGAACAUAUCCUGGGGUGAUUAUCCUUAUUCAAUGGUACGUACAAAGCAAGAAAACUGUGAAAACUCUUGCCUUGAUGACUGUAAUUGUGGGGCUGCUUUGUACUUGAAUGGUACUUGCAAUAAAUAUAAGCUUCCACUUAGAUAUGGUAGAAGGCAAAAUUUAUCAGCUAUAGCUUUCUUUAAGGAUCGGAGAAAUGGUGACCAUCACCGUUCAAAUCCAAAAAUCUUGAUGGAUAGUAAAAAGAAGAUAAUUUUGAUUCUCUCUCUAAGUUUGGGUUCCAUUGCAUGCUUGUGUUUUGUAAUAGCAAUAUCUUGUUUCUUCAAGUAUAGGCGUCAAGUUCAUUGGUACAGAAAGCUGUCGGAAAAUGUGAAUGUGGGAUUUGCUGAUGAUUUUACCUUGCGUUCAUUUUCUUACAAUGAGCUUGAGAGCGCAACAGAUGGCUUCAGUCAAGCAUUAAGUACGGGUUCUUUUGGAUCAGUUUAUAAAGGGUCUCUCUCUAUUGGAUCUGUGACUGACAGAACUAUUGCUGUUAAGAGGCUAGAGAAAUUUGGGGAAGAAGGGGAAAGGAAGUUUCAAGCUGAAAUGACUGCCAUUGGACGAACUCAUCACAGAAACCUAGUUCAGCUGCUUGGUUUCUGUAUUGAGGGAACGAGGAAGCUUCUUGUUUAUGAUUACAUGACCAAUGGUUCACUUGCAGACCUUCUCUUCAAGGCUAAGAAGCGCCCUCUUUGGAAAGAAAGAGUGAGAAUUGCACUAGAAGUGGCUAGAGGGAUAUACUAUCUACAUCAAGAGUGUGAAGUCCAUAUCAUCCAUUGCAAUCUUAAACCCGAAAAUAUACUCAUGGAUGAUACUUGUGUCGGGGGAGAUUGUUGGGUUAGGAAUUUUGGUUAA